UAACUCCCUGAGUAAAGAGGCUGAGUUGCUCUGUCUGAGUUCCUGGCACCCUGCACUGCGAGGGAAUACUGAAAAGGCAUUAGUAAUGUGUUAAUGGACAGAGGGACACACAGGUCGAACGCUCCUCGUUGGCUCCGGCCCCGCCUCCCCACCGCUCAGCGGCGAGGGCUUCCACUCCGUCAUCCAUCGCUCGGCGCUCGUCCCUUCUCCUUGGGUCUGCUCGGCGCUUUCCAUCGAGCGUCUCGGCCAUCACGCGCCUGCGCCUUUGGGCUGUCAGUCAGAGGCGGCGUGUGGAGCGCUGGGAGCGGUUGUGGCGUGCGGGGAACUGAGGUUUAGCUGUGACUUCUGCCCUGCCAGGCCGCGCACGAGCUGGCUGACCCCGCUUGUAAAAAUGGAAUUUCAAGCAGUAGUGAUGGCAGUAGGUGGGGGAUCUCGGAUGACAGACCUAACUUCCAGCAUUCCCAAACCUCUGCUUCCAGUUGGGAACAAACCUUUAAUUUGGUACCCAUUGAACCUGCUUGAGCGUGUUGGAUUUGAAGAAGUCAUCGUGGUUACAACCAGGGAUGUUCAAAAGGCUGUAUGUGCAGAAUUCAAGAUGAAAAUGAAGCCAGAUGUUGUGUGUAUUCCUGAUGAUGCUGACAUGGGAACUGCAGAUUCUUUGCGCUAUAUAUAUCCAAAACUUAAGACAGAUGUGCUGGUCCUGAGCUGUGAUCUGAUAACAGAUGUUGCCUUACAUGAGGUUGUGGACCUAUUUAGAGCUUACGAUGCAUCACUUGCUAUGUUGAUGAGAAAAGGCCAAGAUAGCGCAGAACCUGUUCCCGGUCAAAAGGGGAAGAAAAAAGCAGUGGAGCAGCGUGACUUCAUUGGAGUGGACAGCACAGGAAAGAGGCUGCUCUUCAUGGCUAAUGAAGCAGACUUGGAUGAAGAACUGGUCAUUAAGGGAUCCAUCCUACAGAAACGGAGUCUCUCUCUGCCACCCAGACUGGAGUGCAGUGGUGCAAUCUUGGCUCACCGCAACCUCUGGUUCAAGUGGUUUUCCUGCCUCAGCCUCCUGAGUAGCUGGGAUUAUAGGCACCCUAGAAUACAUUUCCACACAGGCCUUGUGGAUGCCCACCUCUACUGCUUGAAAAAAUACGUUGUGGAUUUCCUAAUGGAAAAUGGGUCAAUCACUUCUAUCCGGAGUGAACUGAUUCCGUAUCUAGUGAGAAAACAGUUUUCCUCAGCUUCCUCACAACAGGGACAAGAAGAAAAAGAGGAAGAUCUAAAGAAAAAGGAGCUGAAAUCCUUAGAUAUUUACAGUUUUAUAAAAGAAGCCAAUACACUGAACCUGGCUCCCUAUGAUGCCUGCUGGAAUGCUUGUCGAGGAGAUAGGUGGGAAGACUUGUCCAGAUCACAGGUGCGCUGCUACGUCCACAUCAUGAAAGAGGGGCUCUGCUCUCGAGUGAGCACACUGGGACUCUACAUGGAAGCAAACAGACAGGUGCCCAAAUUGCUGUCUGCUCUCUGUCCAGAAGAACCACCGGUCCACUCGUCAGCCCAGAUUGUCAGCAAACAUCUGGUUGGAGUUGACAGCCUCAUCGGGCCAGAUACACAGAUUGGAGAGAAGUCAUCCAUUAAGCGCUCAGUCAUUGGUUCAUCCUGUUUCAUAAAAGAUAGAGUGACGAUUACCAAUUGCCUUCUCAUGAACUCAGUCACUGUGGAGGAAGGAAGCAACAUCCAAGGCAGCGUCAUCUGCAACAAUGCUGUGAUCGAGAAGGGUACAGACAUCAAGGACUGCUUGAUUGGAAGUGGCCAGAGGAUUGAAGCCAAAGCUGAACGAGUGAACGAAGUGAUCGUGGGAAAUGACCAGCUCAUGGAGAUCUGAGUUCUGAGCAAGUCAGACAGACUCCUUCCUUUUGGCCUCCAGAACCACAGAUGUUGGCUGACCCACCUGUUUGCCUCUGUAUUUAUUUCCCAAUAAAGAAGAGCUUCCAAAGACAUUCUGGAGACUUGUGGAGCAGUCCCAAGCUCCACGUCAGGUGGGCUCCAGAUGUACACAGUG